AUGGAUACCCGCGAAGAAUGUGAUAGACAAUGGGAUGACCUCAGGCAGAGCAUAGAAUCGGAGUGGUUAAAGCGCAUGGAAACCGGCCACAAGCUGUACCUCCAGUUCUUUCAGUUUCAUGACUUUGUGAAAGACGAGCAUGGGGAAAUACAGAUGAGCGGUGUUCCUGUUGCCGCCAGCAAGGAACAAGUCAGCGCGGUUGUGGACGAUCUGGCGAGAGAAUGUGCCGCGAUAAUGGAGAGACUCACACCGGCGCACGGUUCGCUCGUGCUAAACCAACAGCGGCAAAUGGAGUACGUGCGAGGUUUCCGGAAUCUGGUCAGGCCCAAGGACUACGAAGGGGCCCAGCAGCAGUAUCUCAUCGGCAUACUGCUGGGAUUGUCGGAGAAGUGUCUCGUGUGGGAGGGGCUCAUGAAGGAGUUUGAGCAGACCUGGGAAUCCUUGGAGAGCGUCAUGUUUCAGGGAGGUCUCCAAAACAUUGUCAGGAACCAGAGUGAAGAGCUCAAGAACUGGUUCUUCCAAAAGUACCAGAGCAAGUUUGGCGAGCACAUUUCUCCAGUCACAAGUACGAAACCGCAAGUUGUACUCAAAGAUAUAGCUUCUCGUCCAACCGAGACGAGGUUUCUUCCUCCAGAGAUUAUGACAAUGAUCUAUGCUCGCGUAGACCUGGAGACAUGUGUUGCUAUACGACAAGUGUCGUCAAAAUGGUACACCAUCUUCCAACAGUCUGAUAGCAUUUUGAGAACAAAGCUGAGACAACGAAACCCCUGGAUGAAGCCUGGAGAUGGAGAGAUGAAGACCUGGCAAGAUUGCGCCCUCCUCUUAGUGGGUCGACUGAAAAGCGACAAGUGGCACACUACAGACAACAUUGACACCAUCAAGGUGACGAAACCAAACGCACCGAGGAAAACGAUGGUGAGUUUAGAACUUUUCGAAGACGAAAAUCUGCCGUCAGACUUCACAUCGAUUCUGGACGACUGUGGAUGCGGCAUUUCAACUUGUGAACAUGUGCAUAUCGAUAAUGACCAAGCUAGGCUAGUAGUGGAUCCCUGGACAAUGGAAUCGAGAAGAUAUGAGGAGCCUUAUGAAGUCGUCUCGGUGGGUGAAACAAUUUCAACUUUGAGGUUUCGCGAUAUCGUUAUUACCCUACCCACUUGGCUUAUCGACGAUGAAGACUGUAUUGAGGACAUUUACAUUGGAAGAACGAUGGUGUCGGUGUACAUGGUGACCGAUCACGUUCUUAUGUUUCCCCGGGAUCUUGCGCACCAUCAGGACUACUUUUGGUACACCAGACAAGACUCACAUUACCACUUUGGCAACAUGUAUGUGUCUAGAGAGGGAUUCUACUUCAACUUGGCCGACUUGGAGGGAAGAAAAAUGGUGCGAUAUGCCAAAGCACUCAGAGCACGGCCACAGGCCUUUUACAACGGACUCGUUUGGUGGACAGUGGGAGAUACAAGUCUCGUUCCGACAUUCAUCGACCUCGAAACGCCAGAAAAGGUGUAUUAUAAUGCCGAUGGUGCUAUCACGGGCUUCUCAAAGAAAAAUGUCUUUGCACAAGGCAGUGACACACGUGAUUCGAGCCAUUUGGUCGCCACAGAACACAAAUACGGCCAGGAGAUUGUGGAUCUUGCUACCGGUAUCAUCACUCUGGUUAAGACUCAAAUGGCAUGGCCUGAACCAUCAGUCCAUUUUUUAGGGUAUCGAGAUGGCAAGUUUCAAUCCUGGUGUAUGUGUUCAGGUGUUGUUGACUACACGAGAAGGAAAGCGAGUGCUCAGUUGGGGAUUUAG